GUCAGUCCUACGAAAUCCGUAUGCUUAACAGAAAACUAGUGGAGUAUACAGAUAUAAGCAGCAAAUGUGUUAAGGUCCCUCAACCCUCCCUUCCACUUCAGGGGUGGGGUGUCAACCCUGGAGAGCUUGGUACUAUCACCCAAACUUACCUUUCCUCUUUCCUAGAUUUCACAAAAAAACCCUUAUAAACACACAACUCAUCUCAAUUUCACAUUUUUACCAUACACACACUCUGUAUGAUUCCUCUGGACAUACCAGUCUGCUUUUUCCUGCAUUUCGGGGAUUUUUUUCAUAAAGCCAUGGACAUUUUUCUUUGUAUAUUAUUUCUGGAAAUGUUUCUUUAAUGGAAAUAAAAGUGGUAUUUUCUUGAUGCCAUGGCUUUCUGAAUAAAAUCCAUUAGCAGCCCAAACUUUUUUGUCAUGCCGCUUUCAUUUUCAUACACAGGUUUCUGUAACACACACAACUGACUAAAUUUCAGAAAGUGACUCCAUUUAUUGCAAAGACGUUUGUCUGCACACUCACUUAAAAGUAAGAGGAGGUCGUUUUUUUUUCAUUUCUGUGUGAGUGCAUCCACUUGACAUGUCUCUGUCGUCAGGCCGCCAUUGCUUGGGACUGUAAUUUUAACAGUAGCAUCCUAGAGACACAAGAAUGGGACAGGUGGCAUCUAUGCAAACAAAUGACAUGCUAGGUCCAGGGCUUUUUGACUUCUGGUGCUCAGUCAUGCCUGAGUCUCCCUCCAUAAAUAUCCCAAUGUUACAUGUUUUUACAGGUUGUCAAUUUUAAUCUGUUACGUAAAAUUUAUUUCAUGUCCUGGCAGGAUUUAUAAAGCUUGGUGUUAAAGCGGUACUCCAGUGUUUAAGUAGUGCAUUUUCAUAUUUUCAGGAAACUUACAACAGAAUGGGUCACAAAUAAGGGAUGCUACAUUUUCCAUAUUGCAACUGGAUAGUGUCCUGACCUCCACUGCCUCCUUAAUGCCCUCCAACCCACAGUUGGAGGGCAUUAAGGAGGGCACCCCAGUUUGUUAUGCAGGCUUUCUGUUGAAAACUGUGGCUCUCCUGAUGACAUCAUCAGGGUUACUUUCAUUACAUCAUAAGGCAACCCGGUCUCACUCCAAAGUUGAUGAAACCCGGUGCUUGGUCAAUGACUUCUGGCAUCAGACACAGACAGUAAAAAACGCCCUUACACAUUGACAUGAUACACAGCCCUCAUUGUUUAAUGGCACCUGACAGCAUCAGGGGUAAACGUGGUGAGACAACAACGAAAGUCAAAGGGGUGAAAACUCCCACUAGGGUGGGUGGAAGGGUGGUGAAUGGAUCCAACAGCUACCGACCUUCACACAGGAGGCCAGUGUUUGCUUUCCGUUUGAAUAUAAAGUCAAACCCAUUUUUCUUUUCUUAAAUCCAAAAACAUGAUUUUGUUACCUAAACCCUACCACGUGUUGUUUGCUUAAUGUAACCAUGUGCGAUUGUUGGAAAACAUGUUGAUUCGCGGUGUUGUACAGACGUACUGUGUUUAUUUUUAAAGAGACUGUAUGCAAACUGUACAUUUCCUGUAAAAACUAAAGUGUGUGGUGAAAACAGACAAUGCAUGCAACAGGCUGAAGUUGGCACAGUGUCCCAGAGGGUCAACAACCAAUGCACCCAGGGUACCUUGCACGUCAAAUCUCAAUGUGAAAAUGUGACAAAUGUCGAUAUGUGAUGAGAUCGGCGGGAGAAUGUGUUGCAUAGGAGGGUCUUUUUAAUUUAAAGGAAUACUUUACCUCCCACAUUUACAAUUGUAAAUCAAUUAUGUGUUACUUUGGAUUUGUGAAGAAAUGUUUGUUUUUCUCACAUGCCUCCAUGUUGAACGAAGAAUCCAAAAACUUAGAAAAUUCUUAAUUAAUGGAAAAACAUGUGUAUACAAACUGUUUUACACAACUCGUGCAGCGUAAUCCAAUACUCAUUUAUUACAUCAAAAAUGUUAACUAUGUAUAACACUAUAGUGUUACAAAUAAUAUGGUUGUGGGAGGUACUGAGCAUACGACAGAAUAAAUGAGAUUUGGAUUAUACUCCACGAGUUGUGUGAGAGUUUGGAAACAUGUUUUUUUUUAAGAUUUUUUUUUGGAGGUGUUUUGCCUUUAAUGGACAGGAUAGUGUGUGAAAUUGGGGAGAGAGAAAGAGUGGGGGGAAGACAUGCAGCAAAGGGUUGCAAGCCGGAGUCAAACUCGCAGCCGCUACAGUGAAGCAUCACCUCUAUACAUGGGGCGCCGGCACUAUCCUCUACGCUACCAAUGCCCCGGAAACAUGUUUUAAUGUAGUUUUACUUUCGUUAAUCACAGUCGCUUUUUGACUUCAAUUUAUCAAGAAUGUAUGCUGUUUUAGGAUUCUUUGUUCACCAUAGAGGCAAUCAAAGUUUUCUUCCCAAAUUCAAGGUGACAUGAGGUGAGUUGUUGAUAUACAGUGACGAGUGCCCCUUAAUAUGAAAUCCCAAUCUGUGAGCAAGGACUAUAUUAUUAUUAUUUUUUUUUAUUUAUGUAUUUUUUGUGAUAAGAUAAAUUCAUAGCCAACACAAAGUGGGUCAAUAAGCUUGUAACAACAGCUACUUGCUCUGCAAUACAUGCAGCUGACAGAAUGAAGAUGUGGACUGUCUUUGUUCAGGGUUCCCACAUGACUUGAAAAGUAUCUGAAGUUUGUGAAGUUGGAGGAACAGUUCUUCUCCCUGACAAAUCAUAGGGUGUCAGUGACAUCUGAUUCUGACCAUGUCCCACCCCCAAAUUUUGUCUACUUACAUCACCAAAUAAGAUGCCAAAAAACAAACAAACAAAUGAACAAACAAACAAAAAAAGUACCGUAAAAUGGUAUCAAUAUUUCCUGUUUAAACAGGUCAGUCAAUGGGCUUAAUGUGGAGUUAAAGAAUGUUUGGUUUGAUUAAGGUGGAAAAAGGUUGUUGAAAAAGUUGUUAUGAUUUUCACAACUGUUGUUUUCAGUUACGUUCAGUCAUGCGUCCAUUGAAGAGGCACUGUUUUCCAGGAACUAGCACCUUUUCCAGAUAGCUUAUGUGUCCAUUUCAUAGGACCCUUAAAUUUGUUGUCCAAGUGAGUGUGGGAGCCCUGAUGUUUGGGUGGAAAGUCACUGCUGGUGCUACAUGUCACAGGUAUCACAUGUAGCUCAUGGGCUGUGGGUCAGUUUACUCCCAAAUAUACGUGUUGCUCUUUUUAAGUUUGAUGUCUAGUGUAUGAUGGGUAGAAAUUGAAUUGAAAUGUUCACAUCUUUAUCCUUGCCUAUUGAAACUGCCUCAGUAUGUGAUAAUGAAUAAAUGAGGGGAGCCUUUUUGCACUUUGCCCAGCAGUCUAGCUGUUGGGCUGUGUGCAAGCUGCCCUGCUCAAGUUGUUAGAUAUACUCUGGCCUAAAUGCCUGAUCCUGCCUGUUCACAGAGCAUUGUGCGAGUGGUGUUUCAUGACCGUCGGCUGCAGUAUAUGGAGCACCAGCAGAUGGAGGGAUGGAGGUGGAACAGACCUGGAGACCGAAUACUGGAUAUAGAUAUCCCGCUGUCAGUGGGGAUACUGGAGCCCCGUUCCCACCAUUUGCAUCUCAACACUAUUGAGUUUCUUUGGGAUCCUGUCAAGAAUGCUUCUGUUUUCAUCCAGGUCAACUGCAUCAGCACUGAGUUCACCCCCAGAAAGCACGGUGGGGAGAAAGGAGUUCCCUUUCGUAUUCAGAUAGACACUUUCACCACCAAUGAACACGGGGAGUACAUGGAGCAUGUACAUUCUUCCAGCUGCCAGGUCAAAGUCUUCAAGCCUAAAGGAGCUGAUCGCAAACUGAAGACAGACAGGGAAAAGAUUGAUAAAAAGGCCCUGCAAGACAGAGAGAAGUAUCAAGUGUCCCAUGAGAAUACCCUGCUGAAAGAGUGUUCCCCUUGGCCUGAUGCCCUGAAUCUCACCAACCACAGCAGCAGCAGCAGUAGCAGCAUUCCAUCACCAGUUUACCACAGCCCACCAACUUCCUGUAGUUUCACAGAUGGCAACUGUUCUCCAAACCAGCAAGGGGAGCUGCUCAUACCCGGCUGCUCUGAUCACCUUCUGCCAUCGUCCACACCACAGGACACUCAGCAGUGGCUGCACCGACACAGGUUCUCACCUUUCUCAAGGCUCUUCUGCAGCUUCUCAGGUGCUGAUCUGUUGAGGAUGAGCAGGGAGGAUCUGAUCCAGAUCUGCGGUCCAGCAGAUGGUAUUCGACUUUUUAACACAAUGAAAGGAAGGUGUGUACAGCCGCGUCUUACCAUCUAUGUGUGUCAGCAGCAGGCCAGACAUCAACCUCUCAUCAAGCCAGGGGGUGGAGACAUUUACCAUGCUCUGUACCUGGAGGAGCUGACACUGUUGGACCUCUCUGAGAAGAUCGCUCUGCUCUACAGCAUCAGUCCACAGCAAAUUACACACAUCUACAGACAAAAACCCACAGGGAUCCACAUCUUAGUCUCUGAUGAGAUGGUGCAGAACUUUGGGGAGGAAACAAGUUUCAUCCUCAGCACUAUAAGAGACGAAAACACAGAUGGCUACCACGUUGUGUUGAAAUGAUCAGCCGGUACUCAGGAGGUUCAGUGUUUCCUCUGAGAAUCAGUGGCAUAGUACACCUUGUAUAUAAGUCCUCCUAGAUUACAAUAUGUGACCAAGAUUUACAGUACAGUAAAAGGCUGUUAAACUUUCAGUUUACUGUUGAGUUUGUGGUCCUGUUUAGUUUUCUUUAAUUUUCCUGUUUUAUUUGUAUUGUUGCGAAGUUACUGAUUCAUACUUGAUAUACCUUGUAAUUACAGGUUAACACUGCUUUAUUACUCCUGCAUAUGUGUGUGUACAUCUUUGGCUUAAACACCUGUUAAUGCAAGUAAAUGACUUAUAAUCAUAAAGCAGAAUAAUGCCAUUCAUCAUCAUGCUGUCAAAUAGAAAACACAAAUGAACAAAACUGUUGUUUUAAUGUAAUGCAAUGCCCCUACUUGUUCCAAACAUGAAGUGCUGUCAUGUAGUCUGUUGAAUAUGCUAUACAAUCCAUAUUCUUGACGAGUUUUAAUUUGAAAUUUGGUAAAAGUGAGGUGUGUGUGCACAUAGGCUACUGUAUGUUUAAACAGAGACUCUGUGUUGCAGUUUGGAGGAUGAUUUUGACCGCCAUGGCUCUAUGACAAGUGUAGUUCACUCAAAAUAAAGUAUU